GGUGGUAAGCCUUCAGGCCGGUAUAAGCAAUGACUUGCAUCAUUAUUGCUCUGCUUUUAUCAACACCCUCAUUUCUAUGGCGUGUUUUUCUUUUCGAAGUCCUGUCCUAUUUCCUUUGUGUUUUCAUUUUUUCACGAUAUACAAGUGAUCCAUUCACAUUUGGACGUUUUCUACCGUGAAUUACACUGAUAAGAGAUGUCUGUGUACUACGUUUGCUGUUGUCUUUUCCUCUUCUUUCUUGUAAAUAGCUUUCGAAUGUCUCGUACUCUUGAAGGUGCAAUGUAUGGCUGUCCGUGUGCGAAUGAAUCUGUGAGCAGGUCAGGCACGGCUAAUCCUUUCUCUGCUCCGAAGCGUAACGAGCAGCAUUUUGGAUACCCACAACGCCGUGGAAAGAGCACGCCGAAGCCAUGGUGGUAAAAGAACAGGGUAUAGUCAGGAGAGAAAUGUGCGAUUGCAUGUGGAACUCAGAAGACACGCAUCGAAGUGCAAUUGCAAAAGCAGGAGUACAACAACGCACGCAAAUAGGAGACUGUCGAGCAGACACGCUUGAG